GACCGCCGGGAGCGGGGCGGACGCUCUCGUCCCUCCUCUCCCCGCCUCCGCACCGCGGCGCGCGCGGGCUCCUGAGCCGUCAUGGGCGCCGCCGCGUGGGCAUCGUCCCCGCUGCCGCUGCGUGUGUCUCUCUUGCUGCUGAUUCUGCCGCUCCCGGGGCUGCCCGCGGGCUCCUGGGACCCGGCGGGUUACCUGCUCUACUGCCCAUGCAUGGGGCGCUUCGGGAACCAGGCUGAUCACUUCUUGGGCUCCCUGGCUUUUGCAAAGCUGUUGAACCGCACCUUGGCUGUACCCCCUUGGAUUGAGUACCAGCAUCACAGGCCUCCCUUCACCAAUCUCCAUGUGUCCUACCAGAAGUACUUCAAGCUGGAGCCCCUCCAGGCCUACCAUCGAGUUAUCAGCCUGGAGAACUUCAUGGAAAAGCUGGCACCCACUCACUGGCCCCCCGAGAGGCGGGUAGCAUACUGCUUUGAGGUGGCAGCCCAGCGAAGCCCUGAUAAGAAGACGUGCCCCAUGAAGGAAGGAAAUCCCUUUGGCCCAUUUUGGGAUCAGUUUCAUGUGAGUUUCAACAAGUCUGAACUUUUUUCAGGCAUUUCCUUCAGUGCCUCCUACAAAGACCAGUGGAUCCAGAGAUUUUCUCCAAAGGAACAUCCAGUGCUCGCCCUGCCAGGGGCUCCGGCCCAGUUCCCCGUCCUGGAGGAACACAGGCCGCUCCAGAAGUACAUGGUAUGGUCAGACGAGAUGGUGAGGACGGGAGAGGCCCACAUCCGCACCCACCUCAUCCGGCCCUACGUGGGCAUUCACCUGCGCAUUGGCUCUGACUGGAAGAAUGCCUGUGCCAUGCUGAAGGACGGGACUGCGGGCUCCCACUUCAUGGCCUCCCCACAGUGUGUGGGCUACAGCCGCAGCACGGCCGCCCCUCUCACCCUGACUAUGUGCCUCCCUGACCUGAAGGAAAUCAGACGGGCCGUGAAGCUCUGGGUGGAUGCGCUGAAUGCCCAGUCAGUCUACAUCGCCACGGAUUCCGAGAGUUACGUGCCCGAGAUCCAAGAGCUCUUCAAAGGGAAGGUGAAGGUGGUGAGCCUGAAGCCCGAAGUGGCCCAGAUCGACCUGUACAUCCUUGGCCAAGCUGACCACUUUAUUGGCAACUGUGUCUCCUCCUUCACUGCCUUCGUGAAGCGGGAACGGGACCUCCAGGGGAGGCCGUCCUCUUUCUUUGGCAUGGACAAGCCCCCUCAGCUGCGGGAUGAGUUCUGAUCCUGGCCGGAGCACAUCACCAGUCUGAGCUGGUUGCACGUGCCAGGCCUGGCAGCCAGCAGUGCUCCCAGCAUGGAUUCCCAAGAGUACAAGCUUCUCUGCUCCCCCGCCAGAGACAGAAAAGCACCAGGGACUUCUGGAGGAGAAGGACUCCAUCUCCCAGGGCACAGGGCUUUCAGGCUCCUGAAGCCGGAGCAUCUCUGCUCCCUUUGUGCCUCCUGCUGUUUCUCCUGGGAAUUUCGCACACUGGCAAAGCAGUCCAACCUCUGUCUUUUGGUCUGCCCUGCUCUGAGCAGCCUGGGGGGCUAAUCUCUUCAGCGACUUUUUUAUAGAGAGAGAAACAGAGAUUCUUAAA